AUGGCCCCCUCAGAAGAGUCAAUCUUAAGCAAUUUCCUGCUUUCUCCAGCCUCACUGCCAACAGUCAUGUCACUGCAGAAGUUCACAGAGCUCUUCCCAAAGCGCUUGAGAACCCAUCCACACAUCAGGACUUUGUAUCGGGAGCUGCAGCAGGUCAGAGAACAGGACAUGGACCGAGUCAAUGAAAGCAUCGACAAUGAGAUUAAGCAAGGUGAAAAACAGAGAGCAGAGCUCCGAAAAGCCAUUCAAGCCACUGGAGUCGAAGCCUCCAAUUCUGAGCAGCGCGAGAUGGACAUGGAUCUUCAUCUGUUCGGCCAGCCACCUACCCUACCAGGAGACUAUCACUCGGUGGCUAGUCUCCUGGCUGAAAUGGAGGCGGCCAGCGCUAAUAUUGAACAUGAAAUUGCUGGUAUCGAUCAAGAGGCUGCAAAGAUUUUGGCUCAACUCAAUACGACUGUGGGUGAUAUGAGCGAUCUCCGUUACGGAAAAUUACAGGGUCCCGCUGGGACUGCUGAAGAUGUGGCUGGUGAGGCAAUCAAGGGCCUGCAGAACCUCGAAGAUGUUUGUUAUAAGAGCACUUCUUGA